AUGGCUGAUAAACAGUUCCAACUUCAGUUCGCCAAACCUGACCGGGAAUCGCCCUCUGCGCACGUGCGUAUAGCCAACACCAUUCGACUCGCCGAUGUCGUAAUGCUGAUCGAUAGUUUUGGUCUUCAUCUGUACCAACAUCAGAAUCAUCCGCCUUGCGCAGGGGGAGGAGUGGAGGAGACUUCUAGUUGUCAAGCCUCGCUUCUCGAUACGGCGAAGCCUCAAAUGCUUGUAGAAGGAACUUAG